AUCAUGAAAGUUAAACUUACAAAUGUAGAAUUAUGUACAAAAAACUUGCAUUCAAAAAUAAAACAAUGUAAAAUUUUAGCCCCUGCAAGUCCACUCAGUCCUACUUCUUGUUCAGCCAAUUGCUCAGACAAACAAGUUUGAUUACUUUUGCAGGAGGUAAUGCUGCCCGCUUCUUGUUUACAGUGUCACCUGAAGGUGAGAACAGGCAUUCUCAUGGCACUGUUGUUGUCGAUGUCACACGAUAUUUACAUGUCAGAUGCGCUAAAGAUUCAUAUGUCCCUUCAUGCUUCAAUCACCGUUCCAGUGGACAUGAGUCCAUGCUGAUAACGGGUGCUGCUCAAGAACGAUCCGUAGCAGUGCGGACCAACACAUGUUCAUUUUCAUAAUCGGAGUCAGAUGCCACCAGUAGAAGGUUGUUUUUCUUCUUUUUUUUUUUGUUUUGUUCAGGUUUUGGUAGUUUCUGCAUCAGUGUUGCUCUUUUAAGACUUCUGAAAGCAUGCUCCACACUUCGUCCCUCUGAGAUUUUGCAAGGCACUUCAGAUUCUUAAACCUUGGGUCUAGUGCUGUAGCUGUCUUUAGAAAUCUCACAUUGGUACCUUCUUUGCAUUUUGUCAGCUCUGCAGUGAAAGUGUUCUUAAAAUGAACAACAUCUGCUGGGUCAUCAUCCGAGACUACUAUAAUAUGAAAUAUAUGUUAGAAUGCGGGACGAAGGUUUCUAACCAUUAGAGGAGCGAAGUUCUGGAACAGCCUUCCAAGGGGAGUAGUAGGGGCAAAAGACAUAUCUGGCUUUAAGACUAAGCUUGAUAAGUUUAUGAAGUGGAUGGUAUGAUGGGACAGCCUAAUUUUGGCAAUUAAUUUGGCAAUUGAUCUUUGAUUAUCAGCAGGUAAGUAUGCCCAGUGGUCUGUGAUGGGAUGGAAUCUGAGUUACUACAGAGAAUUCUUCCUGGGUACUGGCUGAUUGCCUUCAUGACCUUGACUUUGUUCCCCAUCCGACUGUUUUUUGCUGCUUUUAUGAUGUUAUUGGCCUGGCCUUUUGCAUUCAUUGCUUCAAUGGGAUCUGCUGAGAGAGAACUGGAAAAGCCCCUCUCCUGGUGGCGAAAAGUAGUGGACUUUUUGCUGAAAGCAAUCAUGAGAACAAUGUGGCUUGCUGGAGGAUUCCAUUGGAUAAAUGUAAAGGGCAGACAGGCUUUACCAGCAGAAGCAGCAAUAUUAACUCUGGCUCCACAUUCCUCAUACUUCGAUGCCAUUCCUGUGACCAUGACUAUGGCUUCCAUUGUGAUGAAGGCAGAAAGCAAAGAUAUUCCUGUAUGGGGAACUUUAAUAAAAUAUAUACGACCAGUAUUUGUAUCUCGGUCAGACCAAGAUUCUCGCAGAAAAACUGUUGAAGAGAUAAAGAGACGCGCUCAAUCUGAUGGCAAAUGGCCACAGAUAAUGAUAUUCCCAGAAGGAACUUGCACAAACCGAUCUUGUCUAAUUACCUUCAAGCCUGGAGCAUUUAUUCCUGGAGUUCCUGUCCAGCCAGUAGUUUUGCGUUAUCCGAACAAAUUGGAUACGAUCACUUGGACGUGGCAAGGUCCAGGAGCGCUGGAAAUUCUGUGGCUUACCUUGUGUCAGUUUCACAAUUUUGUGGAAAUUGAGUUCCUACCUGUUUAUAUACCUUCAGAAGAGGAAAAGAAAAACCCAUCUUUGUAUGCAAAUAAUGUCAGACGUGUAAUGGCAGAGGCCUUGGGAGUUUCAGUAACAGACUACACAUUUGAAGACUGCCAGCUAGCUUUGGCUGAAGGACAACUUCGUCUGCCUUCAAACACCUGCCUUUUAGAAUUUGCAAAGCUUGUGAGAAGCCUUGGGCUGAAACCAGAGAAGCUUGAAAAAGAUCUUGAUAGAUAUUCUCAAAGUGCCAAGAAAAUGAAAGGGAAAAGAGUCAGUCUUAAAGAGUUUGCUGCAUACUUGGAAGUCCCAGUUUCUGACACAUUAGAAAACAUGUUUGCUCUUUUUGUUGAGAAUGAAGAUGGUGUAAUUGAUCUACGGGAAUAUGUGACUGCUCUGUCUGUAGUAUGUAGGCCAUCCAAAACUUUAGAAACAAUUCAGUUGGCAUUUAAGAUGUAUGAAUCACAAAAUGGAACCAUAAUAGAAAACGACUUAGCUUGCAUUCUGAAGACUGCCUUGGGUGUGUCAGAGCUUAAUGUAACAGACCUUUUUAAAGCUAUAGAUGCAGAAGAAAAAGGGGAAAUCACAUAUGAUGACUUCUACAGAUAUACAGAAAUGUAUCCAGACUUUGCAGAAGAGUAUCUGUACCAUGAUCAGAUGGAAGUUGAGAAUUGUUUGAAGACUUCUCUUCCAGCCCCUAAUGGAUUCUGUACUGACUUCAGCCCAGAAAAUGCUGAUGAUAAAAAGAAUCCCCUGCAGAAGAAACUGAAUUAAUACUGCAGCCAUCCUACUCCUCUCCUGGUGAGAGGAAUAUUUCCUUUCCUGGAAUCUUCAUAGUCACUCCAACUGUACAGCAACUAUAACUUUUGUGUGUGGAAGAUUUACUACCUUAAUACUGUUCUUUAAUUCCCACAUGCUGUAUUUAUCAAUAUCUUCAAGCUUAAUUGUCAGGAGAUGGGUUUUAUUUUAUUUUUUUCAGAAAGGUCUUAGAAAGCCAAUAAUGUGAUGUGCUUCAUUAUUAAUGCACAUACUUAAAGGGAAGCUACGUAUUUAUUUAUAUUUGAUUGGUUAAUUUCAUGUACAGAAUGUUGCACAAAGUGUGCAUGUAUAAUGAAUUGUAGCUAAUAUGGUGGUGAGUGCACUUUGGUGAUUAGUUUUUUUCCCUGUUUAGGAAGAUAUUUAUUUAGGGCCAGAUCUGCUGUCCUUAUUCACAUAGCAGUCUCACCAAUUUCAGUAGGAUUAUUCUCAUGAGAAACGCAAGCACAUUUUGGCCCUUUGUGUUGGUUUCAGUAAAUAAUGCAAGAAACAAUUAUGAUUUUUUUGAACAAGGAUUACUUGCUUUUUAUUUUUGUUGUUAAAUGAUAAAGUUGUCUUUGUUUUUUCAGUCCAUUACAUGGUAGAAUCAAAAGGGAAGGGCCUUUAGCUCCCAUACAUUUAUUCUUAUAUACUUAUCUGCAGAACGCAGUGAAAUAUGAAAUGCUUUCAAAACAGACAUGAUUUGUCUAUGUGUACAAAUGUGUGGCAAACUAUGCUUUCCAUGUUCUUCUGUAAAAUUAUUCAAAUAUUUCCACUUAUUAAUUAUAUGAGGAAUUUAUUAUAAACUAAUUCCUUAUGUAUUUAAUUUAGAUUUUAACAAGGAAUCACACAGGUGCAGCUUCUUUGGUAAAAAUCUGACGACAGAUACACAUGCACAUGUGUGCAUAUACAGUCAAAUACACGUUGUAAUAUGGAAUAAUAAUUUGUAUCAGCAUGAAUUUGGAAGAUUGCAUUAGUUAGGAGUGGCAAAGCCAUAAGUGAGUUUUCUAAGACAUCCCAAAGGAAUGCCUUAAAACUUUAUAUUACCAUGGUGUAUAUUCUAUAUGAUGCAGAAAUUACCCCCCUCCUUCCCUUCAAAAAAAAAUUACAAAUGUUUUACAGAAGUUUUAAAAAUGUUAUUGGCACUAUUUCUUAUUUCUUUCCUUUUGUAAAUCCAGGUACUUUCGUUACAAGGAAUAAAACUGAGCAGGGCUCAGAGGGAGAGAGAAAUCAAAACUAAUAAAAAAAAAUUCCCAAAAUGAUGUAGUUUUUCUGAACAUAAAAACAUCAGAAGUUGAAAGCCCAAAAUGUGCCUUUAAGGGCUAGAAGUAAUGCUGGGUCCCAAUGGGAUCAAAGGAAUUUCUCUCCUUAAUAGUAAAAAUUCUUAAUCCUGCAUGGUUAGUAACCCCAUUACUAACCCUGUAGAACUGCACUAUAUCAGACUUUAAAACUCAGGCAUUUUUAUAAUUAGAAAAGCAGCCACUGACUUAGGAUUUGAAUUUUGUCCAUCCUGGGCCAACAAACCGUGCUAAUUUAAGGCCAUGGGUGGAGAGGGGAGGGAGAAGGAGGAGGAAACCUUUCUCUGGCAGGUUGGUUUUUAAAAAUGGCAGUUGCUUGAAACUGGUUACGGUUUCGAAUGUGUUCUGGAGAGACAUAUCAUCUGCCCUCCACAUGUUAAUUUCAUUAAAAGUAAGUAAUCAAUAAAUUAUUGCACAUAUAUAUGCAAAUUAUCAUACAAGUAGCACAUUGGUGUGUAUGGUAUGCUACAUACUAUACAUACCAUACAGUAGAACCUCAGAGUUAUGAACACCAGAUUUACAAACUGGCCAGUCAACCACACACCUCAUCUGGAACCAGAAGUACACGAUCAGGCAGCAGCAGACACACACACAAAAAUACAGUACAGUACUGUGUUAAAUGUAAACUACUAAAAAGAAAGGGAAAGUUUAAAAAAAAAAAGAUUUGACAAGGUAAGGAAACUGUGCUUAUUUCAUUUAAAUUAAGAUGAUAAAAAGCAGCAUUUUUCUUCUGCAUAGUAAAGUUUCAAAGCUGUAUUAGGUCAAUGUCCAGCUGUAAACUUUGAAAGAACCACCAUAAUGUUUUAUUCAGCGUAAUGAGCUGAACAAAACAUUUCAGAGCUGCAAACAGCCUCCGUUCCCAAGGUGUUUGUAACUUUGAAGUUCUCCUGUAUAUGUGGACAUGCUCUCUCUAUGUGGUAUAUUGUGUAACAAAAUGUAAAAUUACCGUAAUAUUAAUUAAUGCCUAACCUACAUUUUGCUUACUUAUCCUCCUCCUCUCACCCCCAGCCCCGGGACUUGCUCUAACAUUAUAAAUUUCUGAGCAGCUUCUACCAGCCACCAUUUUUAAAAGGAAAUUAACCUGAGAGAAAAAGAUUUCCUUCUUUUCCCCAAAUAGGGAAUUCUACCGACACACUGAAGCCACAGUGGACUGAGAAACACAGUGAACAAUAUUUGGUCCUGGAACACUGACAGAUUUAAAAUCCAGUAACUUGCAGCAAGAUAGGGCUAAAAAUGAGAGUUUUUAGAUGCUUGAAAAAUAUUGAAAUUUUGACAUUUUUAGGUAUAAUACAAUAAAAAAUAUUCUGGGUUAAUUUUAGAUGUUGUUUUGGCACCUUCUGGCACUCUUACAUUUGGGCUAAUGUUCUCUGCAGCACCUAGAUUUACAGGUGGAGGAAUAUAAAAACGUUCCAAUAAUUUUAAUUUAAAAUCGUUUCUCUGUGACACAUGUGGGAUAUACAGAAUACAUGGUGCAAUGAGGUUUAACGUUUUUAUCAGGAAUCAUUUGUGAUGACCUACAUAAAUUGCUUAUUGCAGCAAUCUCAAACGCAAAUCACCACGAGGGCCACAUGACACCUUUUCACAUAAAGAAACAAAAGCCUGCCCCGGCCCCACCUCUACUCCACCCCUUCCAUGAGGCCUCGCCCCUGCCCCACCUCUUCUCACCCUUUCCCAGCCCCCAUUCCAACCCCUUCCCCAAAGUCCCCACCCCAACUCCGCCCCCUCCCUGCCCCUAUUCCAACCCCUUCCCCAAAUCCCUACCCGUGCCCCGCCUCUUCUCCGCCUCUUCUCCUGAGCAUGCGGCUCCCCGCUCCUCCCCUCUUCCUCCUGGAAAGCGCUAAGCACUGCCAAACAGCUGUUUGGCAGUGGGAAGCACCUGGAGGUAGGCAGAAGAGCGGGAACACGGCAUGGUGGGGGAGGGGAGUUUGGUGGCCGCAGGAAAUAACUCCGGGGGU